AUGCCACCAUUAACCAUCACCGUCGGCGUCCUAGCCCUCCAAGGCGGCGUAGUAGAGCACAUCGCCCUCCUCAACCGCGCCUCGGCAAACUACCCAUCCGUAACCUUCCACUUCCUCGAAGUCCGCACACCCGAGCAACUCUCCCUCUGCGACGCCCUCAUCAUCCCCGGAGGCGAAUCCACAACCAUGGCCAUCGUCGCCCGCCGCCUCGGCCUCUUGGAGCCACUAAGGGAGUUUGUCAAAAUCAACAACAAGCCCGUCUGGGGGACUUGCGCCGGACUUGUAAUGCUAGCGGAGGAGGCCUCUGCCACGAAGCAAGGCGGGCAGGAACUCAUUGGUGGGUUGGACGUGAGAGUGCUGAGGAACAAAUUCGGGACGCAGGUGCAGUCGUUUGUGGCGGAUUUGAACUUGGAUUUCUUGGGGGAGGGGGAAGGACCGUUUAGGGGGGUUUUUAUCAGGGCGCCGGUGGUGGAGGAGGUGAUUGAUGGGGAUGGGAGGGUCAAGGUUUUGGGGACGGUGAAGAAGCCUGGGGAGGAGGAGGAUAUUGUUGCUGUGAGGCAGGGGAAUGUUUUUGGGACGAGUUUUCACCCCGAGUUGACGGGGGAUGUGAGGGUGCAUGCUUGGUGGUUGGGGAAUGUGGUUGAGGCUUUGGGACAGGGAGGGGAGGGUAAGGGGUUGGUGGUGGGGAAGGGGAAGGGUGAUGCUGGGAAGGUUUAUUGA